AUGGCGUCCUCUCAUGGAAAUAUCUACUCGGCCGACCAAUUCAUGAAUCCCGGCCCAGCGCCUCGUCCGCCUGUGGAGCGACCCCGGAUCAACACUGCUGCCCCGAGCCAGAAUGUCUCUACUUCGUUUAACCAGAUGAACCUGAACUCGCCAAGUACUCCGACCUUGUCAAUCUUUCCCAACACCAGCAGCCUCUCCCUCUCCCAGUCGAAAAGCCCGCCAAGCGGUGGACAGCAGCAGCAACAGCCCCCGCCAGGAGUUACCGUCAUCAAAGAGGGCUAUGUGCGCUGCAAAGAAGACAAGUUCCUCGCCGGAUGGAACCAGCGAUACCUCAUCUUGCGCGAGUUCCGGCUGGAUUUUUUGAAGAAUGAAACAGGAAAAGUGGCUCUGUCGAUCGCCCUGUCGACUAUCACCGGCGUCACCCGCUCUGAGGAUACUAAGAUGGCCUUUGAAAUCACCCGUGUAGCGAAUCCAAAGGAUGUAAACUCCAAGGCGGCAAUAAUCAGCCGUGACGUCGCUACCAAGACCAUCACCUGCGAGGUGAAGAAUGACGAUGAGAUCUACGAGUGGAUUGAUAAAAUUUAUGAACGGUGUCCCGGCAUGGGAGGCGUCAGUAACCCGACCAACUUCAACCAUCGAGUCCAUGUUGGCUUUGAUCCCCGAACUGGCGCCUUCGUUGGCCUGCCAGCCGAGUGGGAGAAGCUUUUGACAGCGUCUGCUAUCACGAAAGAAGACUACAAAAAGAACCCGCAAGCUGUGAUCGAAGUGCUCGAGUUCUACUCUGACAUUAAGAUGCGCGAGCAGAAUCCUCAGUACUACGACGGUCUCACUUCCUCUCCUGCGGCAUCAAACCAGGCGUCAAUGCAUUUAGGUAACGGAAAUGGCAUCGCUCCGCCACGGCCGCCCCCUCCAGGUGCUCUUCAGAGAUUAGACAGCAGCCAGUCGCAGCGACAGGCACCCGGUACAGGCUCUCCCACUCAAUCACAACGCAAACCUUCGGAUGCAGACCGGGCUUACGAAGUCGACCGUAUGCGUGAGAUGGCUGAACAAGAGCAGCGCCGACGAAUGGAGGAAGAGGCCCGUCGUAUUCGGGAAGAAAAGGAGAGGCGGGAACAAGAUGAAUAUAACGCCUCCCUACCGAAGACUCGAGUUCCACUAGCUAAGCAGGAGUUGGGAGGCUAUGGACCAUCCGACGGCGACUCCCCAGCUAACAACAGAUACAACCCAAGUCGCCCUGCUCCCCAGGCUCCCAACUCCGCUGCUCGUCAGCAGCCGCCGAAACAGAUGACCGCACAGCGGCCAGCUCCCCCUCCACCGACAAAUGGACAGGCUGCGCAGAAGACAAGCGAAGACCCACGAUCCCAGCAAUCUGCACCUCGGGCUAAUGCACCUCAACAGGCCCAAGGCCCUCCCCCGUCUUCUCGUCUUCCUGCUCCUGUUCAACAGGUCAAACCCUUGAACAUUGCCAGCAAACAAAACAACAACAAGGUGGGUGUUCCAGAUGGCGUCCGCCAGGCCGAAGCUGCCCUCACAAAGAAGCCCGAGCCCCGACAAAAGGAGGUCCGCAUGUCUAGCAUGACCGAGAGUGAGGUUAUGGAGAAGUUGAAAUCGGUGGUGUCGAAGGAGAAUCCUCAAGAAUCUUAUAGCAAACAACGCAAGAUUGGUCAAGGUGCCUCUGGCUCUGUCUAUGUGGCUCGGGUGAAGGAGAAUUCAACAUCGCCAGUCGCAAGGGAAAUUUAUCGCACGCAUGGACCACGAGGACAAGUUGCUAUCAAGCAAAUGGAUCUCCGAAGCCAGCCCCGUAAGGAACUUAUCGUUAACGAAAUCAUUGUCAUGAAGGACAGCCAACACGCCAAUAUCGUCAACUUUCUCGAUUCUUUUCUCCAAGACCAGAAUAACGAGCUUUGGGUUGUCAUGGAGUUUAUGGAGGGCGGUGCUUUGACUGACGUGAUUGAUAACAACCCUGUGAUCCAGGAAGAUCAAAUUUCUACAAUUUGCUUUGAGACUUGUAAAGGCCUGGCACAUCUGCACAGUCAGAAUAUUAUUCACCGUGAUAUUAAGAGUGACAAUGUGUUGCUGGACCGCGUUGGAAAUGUUAAAAUCACUGAUUUCGGUUUCUGUGCCAAAUUGACCGAAUCGAAGAACAAGCGUGCCACAAUGGUUGGAACUCCGUACUGGAUGGCGCCUGAAGUCGUCAAACAGAAGGAGUAUGGACCAAAGGUGGACUGCUGGUCACUGGGUAUCAUGGCCAUUGAGAUGAUCGAGUCCGAGCCUCCGUAUCUCAAUGAGGAGCCUUUGAAAGCCCUCUACCUGAUCGCAACCAACGGAACCCCACGACUUAAGAAGCCCGAGAAGCUUAGCAAGGAACUGAAAUCCUUCUUGAGCGUUUGUCUUUGCGUUGACGUCCGCAGCCGAGCAACGGCGGAGGAAUUGUUGGCCCAUGAGUUUUUGAAAAUGGGCUGCAGCCGCGCCAGUCUUGCCGAGCUCCUUCGCUGGAAGAAGAAUGGCGGCCAGUAA